GCAAGUGAGAGUGUCAAAUCAUUUAUUUAGAAAAAUCCCUGGGAGACGCGGGAUUUCCUACAGACUGCAUCCAAACUUAUUCGUAACUGGAUUUUUUAAACUAACCGUCCACACUGGAAGAAAAGAGGACCAAGAGUGUGACGAUGUACCGCACAUAAAAACCCUGAGGUGAACCCAAGGAGGAAGAGUUCCACCGCGACCUCCGCCAAAAUGAACACGUCCGAGGGGCCGCCGCUGCUGGAGGCUGCAUUUGGCAACACCACUUUCUCGCUCCGCAACCUGACCGAGGUCACGGGCAAGACCAAGCCCACGGCCUGUGAGCAGCUCCAUAUCGCCACCGAGGUCUUCCUCAUCCUGGGCAUCAUCAGCCUCCUGGAGAACAUCCUGGUCAUCUCCGCCAUCAUCAAGAACAAGAACCUGCACUCGCCCAUGUACUUUUUCGUCUGCAGCCUGGCGGUGGCCGACAUGCUGGUGAGCGUCUCCAACGCCUGGGAGACCAUCAUCAUCUACCUGCUCAACAACCGGCAGCUGGUGGUGGAAGAGCACUUCAUCCGGCAGAUGGACAACGUCUUCGACUCCAUGAUCUGCAUCUCGGUGGUGGCCUCCAUGUGCAGCCUGCUGGCCAUCGCCGUGGACCGCUACGUCACCAUCUUCUACGCCCUGCGCUACCACAACAUCAUGACGGUGCGGCGGGCGGGCCUCAUCAUCGGCGGCAUCUGGACCUUCUGCACGGGCUGCGGCAUCGUCUUCAUCAUCUACUCGGACACCACGCCGGUGGUCAUCUGCCUGGUGUCCAUGUUCUUCGCCAUGCUGGUGCUCAUGGCCUCGCUCUACAGCCACAUGUUCAUGCUGGCGCGCUCCCACGUCAAGCGCAUCGCCGCCCUGCCCGGCUACAACUCCAUCCACCAGCGCACCAGCAUGAAGGGCGCCAUCACCCUCACCAUCCUCCUGGGGAUCUUCGUGGUCUGCUGGGCGCCCUUCUUCCUCCACCUCAUCCUCAUGAUCACCUGCCCGCGCAACCUCUACUGCGUCUGCUUCAUGUCCCACUUCAACAUGUACCUCAUCCUCAUCAUGUGCAACUCGGUCAUCGACCCGCUCAUCUACGCCUUCCGAAGCCAGGAGAUGAGGAAGACCUUCAAGGAGAUCAUCUGCUGCUACAGCCUGCGCAACGUCUGUGGACUCUCCAGCAAGUAUUAGGACCUGACCUUGGUCAAAUAUUUAUUUGAAGAGUUUCAACCUUUUACACAUCAGAACAAUUUCUGUGGAUUACUGACUAUAUAAAAAAGAGUAUUCAGAACAAAAUUAAUUCAUGCAUUUUUUCAUACGGUUUUAAUUUUUGAAUGGCAACGUGUUUUCUUGAAAAUUCUUGGAUCUGCUUGUGUGUUUUCAUGUUUUAUAGGUAUCUAAAGAGCAUUUCAAAUACAUAUUUGACCUGGGGUCAGCAAUGUAUCUGUACAUGGACACCAGUGUCCAUGGUAAAUUUACAAUAAUUUAUUCAAAAACAUAAAACCCUGAAACCCCUAAUUCAAAAUGUUAAAACUUUCAUGUCCAAUACGAAGUCCCGUACAUCUUGUACAAGUGUCCAUCAUGGAGGAUUAUUGUGCCAACACCUGUGAUUGACCCAGUCGUGCCCAUAGAUAUGGGGGCUAUACUCUAGUAUUAGCAAGUCUUAGGACCACGGGAGUUUACUUGCAAAUUUCCAACAAAACCAAAAUACUUUGACAUCCUUUUUGCCCCAAUUUCUAUGGGUCUCAUGAGUGACACCUAACUCACGGAGUGGCAUCUCCCAGCCCACUUGCACUUGCUUUAUGUGAAUAUACUUUUUGAUAGUCAGGGCCUUUCUCUUUGAUAUAGAAACAGAUAGUCAAGUCACGCCUUAGAUGAUGAACAGUUUCUGAACAAUUUUGUUUCAUCUGAGGUUUCUGCUUGACACUUAAAGCGCUCAAGCAACAUGAAGUGUGACAGAAAGUCAAAUUUAUGUGAAAGCUUUCUGCUGUCAAAAUGGCAGUGAUGUGCAGUAAGAAUUCUCUCUGAAAAGAAUACCAGUGCUUCUGCCUGACAUACACCACGCAAGCCUUUUAUUGUGCCCAUUAAAUGGAUAUGUCACUUUUUGAUUUUUUUGUAUUUUUAGAUUUGCCCAGUUUUCAUGAGAAAUGAAGGAUUUUUUAGAUACUUUUGAUUCGCUCAUUUUGGUCAUGUGCCCACUGAGCUCAGCCAGUGCGAUUGGCUACUGCUUGGCCAGAGGAGCACAAAAAACAAUGGUGAAUAAACACCAUAAAAUGUAUCUAUUCAUAUGUACAGUCUUUGGUAAUAUAGUCUCUAUAAAAGCUGCUUUUGAAUUAGUUGAAGGUUAUUUUCUGGCUUUAGACAAAAAAAUCCAAAUGCCCCUAUAUUAGGGAUUGUAAGGUUGGCAGGUUGUCAUAAAAUUCUAUAAAUAUCUGAAAUACUCCACACCGUUUACUCUACACAAAAAAAAAUGUCCUGGCCAACCAAAAACAUAUGCUUACAGAUGAAAAAACAUUAAAAAAACCCUAACUAUUCUUUCAAUUACUAUCAGUGCCAGGACCGUGAGAGGUAAUAUAGAUAAUUAAUGUAAGGUAAAAAAAAUUGUACCAAAUGAAUGUAGCUGAGUGCAAUGAAUACCCUAGAUCCCUGUUUCUCGAAUCAUGGCCCACAAGGUUC